AUGUUUAAUUAUAAAUAUCUUAGUAGAGAGCAUCUUGAAGGCUUCGACAAUUACAAGUAUAUGUCGAAAGAUACAAGCCCUCUGAGUGUUUAUGUGAUGCACCCUUUUUGGAAUAAAGUAGUACAGAUAAUUCCACGAUGGGUAGCUCCAAAUGUUUUAACGUUUGCCGGAUUCCUGUUAACAGUUUUAGACUUCUUGCUGUUGUCAUACUAUGAUUAUGAUUAUACAGCAGCCAGCGCUAAAGUCUUCAAUGAGACAUCUGUGGAACCAUUAAACGGACAUACAGAAAUCAUACCACAGACUUUGUGGUAUUUCUUAGCAGUGUUCCUGUUCUUAGCAUACACACUAGAUGGUAUUGAUGGCAAACAAGCACGUCGAACACAGACCUCUGGACCUUUAGGUGAACUAUUUGACCAUGGUCUCGACUCGUAUUCAGUAUUCUUUAUACCGGCCUGUCUUUACUCAAUUUUUGGACGUCUAGACUUCUCUAUAGCGCCGAUUAGAAUGUACUACAUAAUGUGGAAUUUACUAUUGAAUUUUUAUCUGAGUCACUGGGAAAAGUACAAUACUGGUCUUCUAUUUCUGCCUUGGGGAUAUGAUUUUAGUAUGUGGACAUCAACGCUAGUGUUUUUUUGGACGGGUGUGAAAGGCACAGUUUUUUACAAGCGUUAUAUUUUCGGAACUUACACACUAGCCAACGCGUUUGAGUGGCUUAUUUACUUUACCGGCGUUUUCGCAAACCUACCCGUCUCAUUGUAUAAUGUGUACCAGUCGUAUAAGUUACGGACGGGUAAAAUGCGUUCCCCUGCUGAGGCAAUAAGGCCGCUGUGGUCUUUACUAAGCAUGUUCAUAGUAUGCUCGAUAUGGGUUCAUAAAUCAGAACGGUUGCCGGAUGUCGACCCGCGUGCCUUGUACCUGCUCAUAGGCUCGCUCUUUAGUAACGUUGCGUGUCGGCUCAUAGUGAGUCAGAUGAGCAACCAGCGGUGUGAGGCAAUCAAUUGGCUAUUAUGGCCACUAUCCGCUGCUACGAUAGUGUCUCUAGCUUUUCCAAGCUACGAACUAGUAACAUUCUACACUAUCACCGCUAUGAGUGUAAUGGCUCACAUACAUUAUGGUGUUUGUGUGGUAAGGCAAAUGUGUGACCACUUUAGGAUAAACUGUUUCCAUAUAAAACAGCGUUCAGAUUGACUCUUAGAUGACAACGCGUGCUAAAUGACAUAACAUACAAUGCCCUGUUUUUGAUUGCAUUAUUAUAUAUUUAAAAAAAAAACCUAUAAAAGUACAUAUAUUAAUGCAAUGAAAAAAUUGAGGCCUACAACAUAGUCAUGCUGACAUACAUACUUCAUGGACAUCAAAAUAUACGUAAUAAAGCCUAUAAAGUAGUAAUGUCACAUAUUAAAGC